AUGGCAUCUGAACCGAAAGUGUUCGAGUUAUCUUCUGUCUCGAUACAACAUUCUACAAACAAUGUCACACCGACUUCAAAUCCGCAGAUAAAAAAAGAAAAUUACUUGGAUGAAGUUUGUGUAAAUAAAUUAAACUUCAUUAAAGAAGAUUCACUAUUAAAUGAUAAACUUGCAACAUUUAAUUGUAUCUUUCAAUCACAUUAUGCAGUACUAAAUGCUAGUGUACCAAUUAUUAAUGAUGAUAAAAUGCCAUAUUUAACAUUUCGAACUCUAUUUAUGGGUUUAUUGUUGACUAUAGUUGUAUCAGUAUUGAGUGCCACGUUUUCAUUUAGACGGUAUCCACUCAAUACUGAUGUUGUCAUUUUUCAAUUAAUAACAAUGCCACUUGGCCAGCUGAUGGCUCGUUUAUUACCUCAGAAAACAUUUCAACUUUAUAAAUGGAAAUUUUCACUUAAUAACGGUCCAUUCAAUAUCAAAGAACAUUCAUUAAUAACAGCUAUGCUUAUAGCCAAUGCCGAUACGGCAUACGCCAUUUAUCAAAUAACAGCGUUACAAAUAUUCUACGGAGAACCGAUUUCGUUUGCUGCUGGAUUAUUUCUUGUUAUUUCGAGCAGAAUGAUAGGAUUUGGUAUGGCAGGCUUAUUGAGACGUUAUCUAGUAUGGCCAGCGGGAAUGAUAUUUCCAUCUAUCAUUCUCAAGUGUGCGACAUUUCGAAUGUUGCAUGAAGACAAGAAUGAUGACGAUUUGCAACUUUCAACGUGGAAAAUGGGACGAUUUCGGUUUUUCUUCAUUGUAUUUAUUGUUCAGUUUGUUUACUACUGGCUACCGGGCUAUUUCAUGCCCAUACUGACAUCAUUUUCACUAAUAUGUUUUAUGGAUCAGAAUAAUAUUGUACUUGGCCAAUUAACCGGAUUCUACGGUUUGGGUAUUGGAGCGCUGCAGUUUGAUUGGCAAUCUGUAACGGCAUUUUUACAAUCACCAAUUCUGUACCCGUGGUGGGCUUUACUCAAUAUUCUUAUUGGUUUCAUUGGUAUAUACUGGAUAAUUGUUCCGAUAUUGUAUUAUACGAAUGAGAAUGCAAAACUAUUACCUAUAUUUUCGGGCAACUCAUAUACUAGAGAUGGUAGCCCAUACAACUAUUCACUAAUCACCGAUAACAAUUUGAAUCUAAACCAAACAGCUUAUGAGCAAUAUGGUGAUGCUGUGUUGACACCAACAUUUGAAGUAACGUUUUGUAUCCAGGUUGCAGUUAUAACAGCAAUUAUUGUUCAUACUAUCUUGUAUCACGGUAAGUUUAUCUUAAAGCAAUUCAAUAUGUCAGUUUUUCAAGCAACAAAUGAUGUCCACAGCAUAUUAAUGGCAAAACUGGCAAAAGAAGUCCCCGAGUAUUGGUAUACAUUCUUAUUCCUGAGCUUAUUUAUUUGUGCUGCACUAGUGUGUGAACUAGCAGCAUUGAUGCCAUGGUAUUAUCUGUUUCUAAUUAUAUCAGUUGAUUUCAUUCUCUUACUGCCUAGUGGCAUCAUAAAAGCUAUAACAAAUCAAGAUAUAGAUUUAGAUUUGUUAAUGUCACUUUUGGGCGGACUUGUAUUGAAAGGCAACGCUGUAGCCAAUAUGACAUUUCGAACAUACGGUUACACAACUCAACGUCGUUCAUUAACAUUUAUAUCUUGUUUGAAACUGGGUCAUUAUAUGAAAAUUCCUCCACGUGUUAUGUUUACUAUGUUGGUUGUUAGUACUUUAAUUGGUUCCAUACUAAGUUACGUAGCAGCGUAUAUUAUUAUAACAUAUCUUAAGGAUCUUUGUUCCAAUCACAAUUGGUUGUGUCCGAAAGUGCGUGUGUUCAAAGAAAUAUCUCACUAUUUGGGCACUAUAGGCACAGCUAAUUUCCUUCAUGCACACUCAAUUACACUGUAUUUCUUUCUGAUCGGAGCACUAUGUCCGAUCCCAGUGUGGCUAUUACAUAAAAGAUUUCCUAAAGUUCGAUGGUUGAAAUAUGUGCAUUUUCCAGUUAUGCUCGCAUCGUUAUCACAAAUACCGCCUAUACAUACAGCUACGUAUCCAACGUGGAUAUUUAUCGGUUUUAUAUUUAAUUAUGUUAUACUAAAGCGUGCUCCUGACUGGUGGAUUAAAUAUGCUUAUAUAUUUUCAGCAGCAAUGAGCGCUGGUGUUGGUGCGGCGCUUAUUUUCGUUGCAUUUCUCCCGGAAUUUCCAGUGUACUGGUGGGGGAAUGCUCAAAACGAAGUCGACGGCGAUAGGUGUAAAUAUUCAACCGCUAAUUAUUAUGGAACUAUAAGUGAUUUAACGCUUUUCGAGAACAAAUGA